CGGCUGAGAAGAUCAAAGAGGAAGGGAUGGCUGUAGAACCCAUUGAUGCCUGGUCAGCUGACACAGCUUCUAAAAUCAUUCUUACAGGUCAAAAGAAGAAAACAAUACACAAAGAAGAACUGAUGAAAAGUGAAAAAGAAAAACAAGUGAGGAAGAAUAUUCAGACUAAAGCACCACUGACCCAGCACAGAAAAACUACAGCACUCGAGUCACAGAAACAGCCGCACAGUCCUAGAUCAAAAGAGUCACCUAGUAAGAGUAAACUACCCACGUGUAGUUCAUCGCAGACGCCAGCUGUACAGGGUUCUUCAGUGAUGUCACAGUCGGCAAUAGUUCAACCUGUAGCCGGCGAGAAAAAAAUUCGCCUCCAAACAUCAGAUGGGCGACAGGUUAUGCUAACCCUGGUCAAGGAUGUAACAUACGCUGAGUUGCAGAAACUAGUUUUCCAAACUGUCGAUGUCCCGUCAGACAGGCAGAAGUUACGAGUUGGUUUCCCGCCAAAAUUACUAGAAGCCACUCCAGCUGGGGAGGAAGAAAAAAUAGUUCCCUUACGACAUGGAGAUAAAAUUGCUCUAGAAAUCUUACCAGAUUUGAGCCAGCCAAACUUUCCGGUUCAAGAGACAAUGCAUGCCCAUUCAAGUAAGAUGACAUCAUCAUGGAGUAGUUUUGAGGAGGACGCCCAAAGUCAGACUGCAGAUAAACUUUUACAAGCUCUCAAAGACGUUCAACAUGGGGGAGAUAAUAUUGAUACAUCGAUUGCCUCCCUUGGCAUACUUAGUGCAGUCCAAGGGAAAGAUUUAUGGACAUAUGUACAAGGCAUGCCUCACCUGUUCUCUGUUGGGGGUCUCCUCUAUAACCAAGUUAAGAGAGACCUAGGACUUGUAGAUGGUAAACACUGUCAGUUACAGGCUUUACCUGGCAAGGUAUUUCGGUACAAUGCUAAUGAAGACAGACUGGAGUUGUGUCUUGAACCGUAUGGUCAUUUUCCGGUUGAGCCACGUAUAGAAGAGAAAGUGAAGGCUGCUGGGAUGGAAGGGUCCAAGGAAGAUACGGAGGUGAAGUUUGGGGCCAGUGGAGCAAUUCACCAUGGUACAGAAAGACCUGCUUUUCUAGGUCAAGGUCAUUCCUUGAAGUCGACAAUGAUGUUUGACGAGCGUAUGCCAGUGGAUUUAGCCUGUGCCAACCAUCAUCCCGGGGCUAGAGGUAUACACGACUUGUGUAGUCCACCAGGGUCUCGAACUCAUCGUGACUCGAUAUCAGAGGAACCUGAUGAGAUGCAGACGGAGGAUACAGGUACAGCGGAAUCUUCUGGUGUAUCGUACCAGAGACUUGGACCUGGGUACAGUGUCAUCGACCAGAGUGCUUCAAACUCCGAUAAUACAAACCUUGAAAUGUUUCGAGCACUGGCCGAGCAUAUUGAGAAAACAUUGGCGUCAGAUGAUGUUGAUAAGGAUGAUGGAUCUGGAAUUACUGACCAAACUAAUAAAAGAACAGACUAUAAAGUAGGGAAAGAUAAAGAAACAACAGCAGAAUCUGUAAAAAGUGAUACUAAGUCCGAAAAAAGUGCAGAACAAAAGUCUGCAGAACUUAAAGAUAAUUUGACUGAUGUGGGUAGUGUUAAAAAUCCUCAGCAAGUGGCAAAUAUUGAUAAAAACAAGGCUUCAAGUGUUCCCAAAGACUCUAUAGCUGUUAUGGAAAGUCAAGAGAUGAGCGGGGACCAUAGAGUUGAUGGAAAGGAUGGUGAUAAAGAAGUGAUUGAUGGUGAUGCUAGACUAGUAGAUUCAAAUCCAGAUAACAAUGUUAGUGACAAGGUUAGUGAUGCUAAAGAGAAUGAAGAUUUUGAUAAACAUCAUCCAGAUGUUGAAAAAGACAUGGAUGUAGAAGUUGAUAGUGAUAAAAAAGAAAUUGUUAAAAAUACAAAAAUUGUCACUUCCAAAAGUGAACCAGUAAAUAAAGAUGAAACUAGUGCAAAGGACAAUUCUGAAGUUGGAAUAGUUUCAAAAGGUGAUGUUACAAGUGGUGAUGGAAUAAAAGAAAUUGAUGCAAAGAAAUCGAAAGAUGAUGCUUCUUCUAAGAAAGAUGAAAUGUGUGUUGAAGCAGUAGUUAGUAAGAUGGUUGAAGAAUGCGAGGAAAUGGAAGGUGUAACAGAAGGUAAGGUAGAUGCAGGAGAAGAUAAAGUGGAAGCCAUGAUAGUUGAUGAUGUUAAACUGGUUGAUAAAACUGAAAAUGAAGAGGCUGUAAUGGAAAAGGGACAGACUUAGCAAAAAUGCUAAAUGAAGGAUUGGACUCAGUAUUUUAUGUUUAACUAAUCAGCUAGUCAGUGACAGUGAUACUUGCUUCAGAUAUAUUCCGAAAAAAAAAUUAAACAACAAUACAAAAGAAGUGUUAAACGGUUUAAACAGUAUAGAAUUAUAUAUACUAAUUGUGAUAGAAUAUUGAAAAAAAUGGUUGUAGAUUUAUUUUAUAUAAUAUUUUUUUCCUGAGAAUUUGAAUGUACGAUAGCAGUUUAUAGUACAUUUUGUGAUCUUAGAUUUUCAACAACAAAAACUGCUGGUAUGGUUUCAAGUUAUAAGAAAAUAAAAUGAAGAAAUACUGAUUUUCAUUAAAGGUGGUAGAAAUAAAAAAGAUCAUAAGCUUGCCAAUUCCAUUUUGGUGAUAGUUCGUAAGACUUUUAGUGCUAUUAAUGUCAUGUAUAGCCCGCCAUCUGCCUUGAAUGUGUUUUAAAUAAAAUCUUGCUUUGCUAGCAUAUUCUAAAAAAUUGUGACAGGCUUUGAUCUUAGUGUAUAUCUUAGUGUAAAUUACUGGUAAUGGCUGAGAUAAGUAGCUUUUUCAGACAAUUUGGCAACUUAUUUAUAUCACUCUAACCCUAACGCUAGGUACCAGUAUGUAAGCUUUUUUGACCACAUGGCAAGGGUUGUUGGCAUAUGAAACUAGUGAUCAGAUUCAAAGGAUUGCUGGCUGCAUGGGUUUAAACCUCUGUGAGAGACAAGUCAUUGUAUUUCCUUGAACAAGAAACAUAACAUGCAUUGUUUAGUACUAACUGGUUCUAAGGAAGUAUUCAACAGUAUGAGUUAAUUCUUACAGCUUUCUACACAAUCAAACUGAAAGAAAUUCUGUAAAACUUAAAAAAACUUUUUGUCUCAAAAAGAAGUGGGAUAUCUAUUUCAAAAUUGUUGCAAUGUUAAGAAUUAAGAUCAAAUUUUCUUCUCUUGAUUAAGUUUUUAAUAGGAGCACGCUUCCAAAUUCAUGCUUAAUGGAAAUUUUUGACAGUGUUCAAAAUGUAAUGUCAUGUGAAUUCACAAUUGUGCUUUCAGCUACUCUUAGGUAUAUGCAAUCAUCAAAAUUAAUAUAAAAUGUAAUGUGCCAAUAUUAUCUUGACUUAGCUUGUAAUAGGAUAGAAAUAUGUUGUUAAAAUUAUUUUCAAAAAGCCAUAUUUUACACAAAAAAACCUAGAAAAAAAGUCAUUUUAAUUGCCAUUGGUUUGGACUAACUAUUAUAUAUCUAUUUAUAUCUUUAAUAUAUUUUACACCAUAUUUUCAACAUGUGUUUUUAAUGUUCAAACUCUGAAGUUUGUAAUUGUUCCUCAAAUUUUGAACAAAAGGGUCAAAUAUGACCACCAAAAUUUUUGACAUAGAGCAAACACUGGAUUAUACUUAUAGCUUUGGUCCAUAUAUUUUUUGACAUAUCAUUAAAGCAGUUCAUCAUAUAUUAUACAAAUGUAAGCGAACAGUUUGCUCAUUUCUAAUUUUUUGUAGUAUAAUUAUUAAAGGGACUUCACUGAGAUUUUUUGUUGUUGACCUGAUGGAAGUAAAGAUAUCAGAAUUUUGUACCUUGUCUUGACCAAUACUUUGUUUUCAGAAUUUCCGAUCAUUCACUCACUCUGUUUUUUUCCAGAAUAAUCAUUUACUAGAAAAUUAAAAGUAUUGAAAUGAUUUUUACUUUAAAUGGGGCCAAGAUUCACACAUAGAAACAAUUGAGUUUUAACUUAAUUCUGAGUAUUUUUCUUUAUCUUUUGCAUAUUUUUUGUUUUAAUAAUCCGAGUUGAAUAUAAAAUAAUUAAUUGUUUAAGAUUUUAGGCUAAUGGACCUCAGUGGGUCUCCUUUAUGAACAGUUUAAUAUUAAAGGUGCUCAAAUCUUUAUUAUAAUAAUUAUUAUAUUAGUAAAUGUACCUGUAAUCCCAUUUCCAGGACAGAAAUUAGUAUGUCGUAUAUGUCCUAUAUUUUUUUUCUGAAGAAUUUUAAAGGUGCAUUAAUUUUGUUAAUAAUUUAUAUUGGUAGAUUUAUACCGACUUCAGCUACCCUAAUAUUUGUUGGCUCAUUACACUGUUAAUAUUGAACCCAAAGUGAUUUUUCUACACUUACCCUUAUAUUUGUCGGCUCUUUACGCUGCUUGAACCCCAAGUGAUCUGACCUUUGUCACCAUUAUAGGGCUAAGCCUGCAUCUGUGAAGUCCGACCAGGUCCAAAUUUUCAUCUCAGUAUCUCUAAAAUUGAUCAUGGAAAUAACCAAAAAUGCAAGCUGGAUAAGUAAUUAAUGCUAAAGGUCAAGGGUCAAGGACACACAUAUACCAGUUUACCGUGACCUAAUCCUCCCAACCACAAUUUGCCAAACCUACCCAAUCCUUCCCUCCCUAUUACUUUUCCACAUCACAAAUAUUUCUGAGAAAUAAACAUUUAGAUGCUUUUGGACUGUCUAUAAGCAAUAACAGAGAUAGUAUUAACCAAAUUACACCUAUAGCUGGCAGUUAUAUCACAAAAACAACAGCACAACAUGCUUCCAAACUUCACACAAGUUUUAAAAGACCACCUCUAGGCAGAUUCCGUACUGCCUAACACACCUCGUACUAAACAGACUGGCUCUUUCACAAUGACAGCCCUCAGAAUGAUAAUAAAAAUUUGGCAUAGUAUACUUCGAUUUUUUGAAAAACGAGCAAAUUCUUGAAAAAAUAUAUAUUUUUAGGAACAGUGUUAUCUUUUUCAACUUUGUUCUGGUGGAGGGCUCUACAACAGAAGUGUUGAGUGCUAUCAUUUAAACAGAUCACCAAAAUGUGAAAGAGCCACAGUUUAAUAGGGGUGUGACAUACAUGCAGAUUCUAUCAUUAGUUAGUUGGUUCCCUUUUGGAUUGAGGAUUUGUUGAUGUAAUUUUAUGUCAUAUCAUAUAUCAAAAUUUUAUAUAGAUUUAUAUAUAAUACAUGUAUAUUUAUAUUAAAAGCAACUUAUUUUUUGCAAGCACUUAUUAUUAUGAAUAAGUUUUGUUUUUUCGUGUGAACAUUAAUGUUUUAAUACACAGCUACAUGUUUGUUGUUCCAUUAUAUUAGAAAUGCACGGAGGAGCGGGGCGUCUGUGGCCGAGUGGUUAAGGUCGUUGACUUCAAACCACUUGUCUCUCACCGCUUUGGGUUUGAAUCCCGACAGGGACUUUGGAUUCUUUCAUGUGAGGAAGCUAUCCAGCUAGCUUACGGAACGUCUGUGGUUCUACUCAGGUGCCCGUUCGUGCCUGAAAUAAUGCACGGAAGGGCACCUUAGGUCUUCCUCCACCAGUAAAGCUGGAACGUCGCGAUAUGUCUAUACCGUGUCGAUGUGAAGUAAAACCCAAAACAAACAAACAAAAGCACUGAGGAGCGACUAAGUUUUUCCCCUACCAGUAAAGAUAAAAAGCUUCGAUAUGACUUUUACAGAUUAACUUUGACUUAAAACCUAAUAUUAUUGAAAUUUAACACACAAAUUAAAAUUAAAGGGUAUAAGCUAUAUCUUAGGAAACAUUUUUAUAAAAUUUGAAAAUGGUGUAAUUAUGUUGUUUCCAAAAUCUUAUGGUCGAUUCUCUAAAACAUAUAAAUUUGUUUUUGUUAUAUAAAUGAAAUGUUUUGAAACAAAAUGUUAUGCAGCUAUUUGAAGUAGGUUUUUAACAAUAUAGCAUGGAUUUAGUGAAUGUGCUAUUUGCUCAAAAGAAAAAUUACUUCAUGCACUUUUGAAGUUAUUAUUUUUGAAGAUUUUUGAAGAUUCUAACAAAAAAGUAGUCAACUGCAGGCAACAUUCAUAGAGCCACCAAAUCUAUAAAUAGAUUUAUUCUUUAAAUAUUAAUAAUGCCUAAACAUCUUUUUGAUCAAUGACAGCUCUAGGCAUAUUGAUAUUUGAUUAUUUUAAAGCUGCAUGCCGCAAGAUGAGUGAACAAUAUUUUUGGAAAAUCCAGCUUGAGAAAAAUGUACCAAGGUUUUUAAGAAAAGUAAAAUGAUUCAAGUAAUACUAGUAAGUUACAUGUUAUAUGUGAUGAAUGAUUUAUUUUGCAAUAUUUAUCAUAAUAUUGCUACUGCAUGACUAACACCUUUUUGGUAAUUAACCUGGAUAGUGUUAUUUGUAAUGUGUAAAUUCUCUUCUUUGUCCACUUCACAAUAUUUAACUUUUAAAUAUGUUUUCAAAUUUUUGAUGAAAAUUGGCAUGAAUCUGGAGGCAUGCUGCUUUAGAGAAAAAAAAUCUUACUUUUAUCACAGUAAAAUUUACAAUUGCUUGAAGCAAAUGCAGUGUCCCUGUAGUUACAAAUAGUGGUGUUUAACUCUUUAUUAUGUCAGUUAAAGCCUAUAAUCAUAUCACAAAUAGUGGUGUUUAACCCUUUAUGCCAAUAGCAGCCAAUUAUUGUUAUAACAAAUAGUGGUAUUUAACCCUUUAUGCCAGCUGAAGCAUAUUACUGUGCUAUCACAAAUAGUGGCAUUUAACCCUUUAUGCCAGCUGCAGCCUAUUAUUUGUUAUAACAAAUAGUGGUAUUUAACCCUUUAUGCCAGCUGAAGCCUAUUACUGUGCUAUAAGAAAUAGUGGUGUUUAACCCUGUAUGCCAGCUGCAGCCUAUUAUUGUUAUAACAAAUAGUGGUGUUUAACCCUUUAUGCCAACAUCAGCCUGUAGUUGUGUUAUAACAAAUAGUGGUGUUUAACCCUGUAUGUCAGCUGCAGUUAUAACUAAUAGUGGUAUUUAACCCUUCUAUUGCUAGUUUUAGCAACUCAAUAUUUUUAUAACGUUAAUGUCAGCAUUCAACUUACUUUUUUUGAGUUUUAUUGAAGAUGUGUGCCAUUUAAUUAUAUUAUAAUGUUGAUGAAAUUUCACGAUGUGCUUAUUAUUUAAUUAUUUUCUGUUUAUUUAUCAUUUUAUUGUUCAAGAAUAAAGAUAUUGUAGAUAAUUUUGUUAAUUGUUGUUAACUUUGCUAUACAAAUAAAAAUUAAGCAACUUUUGAUCAUUCAAGUA